GGAGGAGGAGGGAAGGGCGGGGCGUGCAGCGCGCAGGCCGAGCCCGCGGCCCCCAGCCGCCGCAGCCCGGCCGCCCACCUGGUGCCAGGUGCCCACCCGCCAUCUUCUCCCGGACCCCCAGCGUCCUCCGCCCGCGGCUGCCCGGCGCCGCCGAAGCGUAACGGAGCGGGGCUCAGCUCACCAGGGUGGGGCUUGCUCCUAGUCGCCGAUCCGCACGGAAAGGCCCUGACGUGUUGCCAUGGCCGAGGGAGCCGCAACGGCGGAGGCGUGCUUCAGUGAGGAUGAUUUUUACUGUCCCGUCUGCCAGGAGGUGUUCAAAACGCCCGUGAGGACCGCGAACUGCCAGCACGUGUUUUGCAGGAAGUGCUUCUUGACAGCUAUCAGAGAAAGUGGAACACAUUGUCCUCUCUGCCGGGGGAGCGUGACUAAAAAAGAAAGAACAUAUCCCAAAAGGGCUCUAGAUGUUGAAAACAGUAUGAAGAAAGCUUCUGGGGGCUGUAGAUGCUGUGAGAAGCAGGUUAGAUUUUCGUGGAUGAGACAGCAUUAUAAAACGUGUAAGAAGUAUCAGGAUGAAUAUGGUGUUUCUUCUAUUAUUCCAAACUUACAGAUUUCCCAAGAUUCUACAGGGAACAGCAGGAGUGCUGUGGUAUCUGGUAAUGGCGAGAUGGCUAAUAAUCAAAUGCUUCAAGGAGAAACAAGUGGACACCCAACCUUCAAAUGCCCCUUGUGUCAGGAAGCCAAUUUUACCAGACAGCGCUUGCUGGAUCACUGUAAUAAUAGACAUCUUUAUCAGAUAGUUCCUGUAAUCUGUCCUAUUUGUGUAUCUCUUCCUUGGGCAGAUAGUAACCAGGUGACUAGAAAUCUCGUUAGCCAUCUAAAUCUAAGACACCGGUUUGACUACGGAGAAUUUGUGAAUCUUCAGCUUGAUGAAGAAGCCCAAUACCAAAAUGCAGUUCAAGAAUCCUGUCAUGUGAACUUUUAAAGUAUAGCUCCCUUUCAUCUCACUGAUUAUCUGAGAGAAAAAUCACAUUAUUUCUAUUGGUGACCUGAAGUGUAUAUUAAUAAAAACGGUAUUCAGUAACCACUUUUCAGGCUUAACUUUUUCCCAAUGUUCAUAAGGACUUUUCAUAAAUGAUUUAGCUGGAACUCAGAUUUGAUACCUGUACUGAGUUGUGCCCUUGUGGAGUUUUGGGGACCUUUUUAGAACUUCACAUGGUUGUCUUUUUCUCUAAUGUUUACUACUCUGUUAAUUACACAGUUCCUUUUAUUAAUGUAAGAUAUUUUAAUUCACCAAAACCAACUUUGAAAGUAUCUUUAGAAAGAUACGCCAAGAUGCUCUGUUGCACUGUUGAGUUUAAGUUCAGGACUCAUCUGCUAAGAUAUCUAUGAGAUGAUAAUUUUUUUUUCUGUUCUUGCCCAAUGACAAAGUUUUUUUGGAUAUUGUGAUUUGUUUUUUUACCAUCACUAUGUGAAUGAAAAUAAUAAGAAACAAUUUUUUUGUUUGUUUUCUAUGGAUCAACAAUGCAGAGCAGCGUUGGUUUUGGUUUUGUUUGUUUUUUUUUUUUUUUGUUUCCACCUUUCAUUGAGAAAGAAUAAUGCUAUUGCCUAGGAGUAAUCACAUCUAUUUUUAACUCUUUCUGGAGCAUAACUGAAAUAGAAUGCUUGCUUACUAAAUUGGUGGGUGAGGAGUUUUCCCUAUGCUUCCAACUACUAAGGAAGAUGAUAUACUUUCUAAGCAAUUUAAGGUGACAUGCAAAAGGUAUGCAUUUUCAUAUAUGACUGUGACCAGCUAGUUUUUCAUUUUGCUGGAGCUUUUCAAGAACUUCCGUUGUUGCAUUUGAAAUUCAAGUUUUGGUCAGUUCGGUCUUUCAUGGCAGGCUGUGUAACUCGAACUAAUUGUCAUCAGACCUACCAACACUGAAAUUAACUUGUUUGUUUUGAUAGGCUGUUUAAAAUUUGGGUGUCUCCUACAAACCAAAGGCUUGAAAAAAAGAGUUGAGAAGAAAACUUGCUCUAAAGUAGUUACCAGCAUUUCUAAGAGUUCCUAUUCUAGAUUUUCACAUUCCCAGCAAAACCAUCAUUACAUUCAGAGAAAACAGAGCAAUAAUGCAAUUUUUAAUUUAAAUGGAAAAUGUAUUUGUAAAAGAACUUUAGAGGUUUUUUUAUUUAAUACUAAUGGGGACAAGGAGAAAGAAAGGUGCACAGCUUGUAUUUUUGAGGUUUAAAGACACUGUUCUGAAUGUUUACCAUUCAGGACCAACAUUUCAUCCUAUGUCACCAUUGCCCAUUGUCAAAGUAUUUUUCUUAGUGGGUAUUGUAUAUAUGAUGGAAAACAUCCCCAGUGAUUUUCCUGUUUUAGUUGGUGAUUUAUGUAUAAUACUAUAAGUUGUGCAGCUGAAGUAAAAUCUGCUUCUUGUGCCCUGGCUCCCAUUUGCUCUCCAAAUAGAUUUUGGUUACUCUUUAAAUACUGGGAGAUUUCAUAUUCCAAAGGUUGAAAUGCCUCAUUUGGCAAUGUAACGGGUUUCAGAACUGAUUCUUAGUUCUAGUAUGUUGAGUGUUGGAACUAAACCAUUAUACACUGUAACUUGACAUUUCUCUUGCAUUUCUUAAGAGUGUAAAACAUUACUGGAGCCAUAGCUAGCUAAAACACAGAGGAAGCUGGCUAUUUCAGAAACAUCUGAAGGUUAUAUUCUUUUAAUAACAACUUAACUUGUCUUACAUUCUGUUACUGGCUUAAUACAGUAUUUUCACAGCAGCCCAUGCUUUAAUCUUGUACUCCAGCUUGCCUGUUUGCCCUUGUCAUGGUUUAACCCCAUGCUCUUGUCUGCACAUUCUCACUCGUCUGUCAGCUCUAGUGCUUGUGUGACCACGUACUGAUUUGGAGUGGUUCACUGAUCCAGCUGAAAAAGUUGUUUAGAUUUUGACUUUCUCUUUUUGUUCUAUAAAGCCAACUAUGAAAUAGUGCCCUUAGACAGAAAGGAGUUUCAAGGUAGCCUGAUGCUAAAGUUUUCGCUUUUUAAAGUAAAAAUGCAUACCGUGGUGAUUUUAUUACUGCAUAUAUUUCCUAAGGAAUUUAAUAGUUAUAUGUAAGUUUAGUUAAAUUUUUUAGAUUCAAUAAAAUAUAUGAUCUGGCAAUAAAUGCCUACAGCCAAUACAGAUUCAGAAUGCCUCAUGGACACUGGAACUAGUUAUUUCUAUUACUUGAACAUAUCUUGAGAAUUGCAAAUGGAAUUACAUCUCUUCUAAAACUCUGGGAAACAAAUUUUUCUUAUAGCAAUAAUUAGUUGUCACUUGAUGCGUAGCUGCUGAACAUUUUAGUCACGUUUAAAUGUUGAAAGACUUGAAUACACAUUUUAAAGCAACAAAUGUGUAUUAAUGCAAUAUAAAAAAAGAACUUGCAAAAUAUUUAUCCUCUUUAUUUGCGUUAUGUUAAAAUCUGUAUUGGCAGGCACUGCCUUGCUUAAGAUUUUAUACUUUCAAUAUGAAGAGAUUGCAUCCAAUACGUUCGCUAGGUAAGUGUUUAAUGAAAAUAUCUAUUUAAAUAAUGCUGCUGCUGGUCAUAAUCUUUCUCACUGAAACUCAGACAUGCACAAAAAGCUGCGUAUCUGUGAUGGGUGAUGCUUGUACUCAAAACUUGCGAUCUUUACUGGAAGGUUGCUGUUUAACAAUGUUUUUAUGUUCAUGUUGCAUUGUGUAUGGUUUCAAUAUGGAAUAUUAUGUUUGAAUUGUACCUUCUAUUUUUUCUCUUAUUAAAGUAUUUUAUUUUC